CUCUCUCCCUCCCUCCCUCUCUUCCUCCCUCCCACCACCGUCUCUCUCUCUUUCGCUCUCUCCUUUCCUGGAGUACUGCAGCGACGGAGGACUGCAUCGAAAAAACAAACUCACUGUCGUGCGCUGGCAAUUACCUCUGAUCCUAUUCUACAGUAAAAAAAAAACCAACACAAGAUUUUUUUUCCCCUAAAGCGAAAGUGGAGUCUGAUGCAAUGGGUAACUAUCAGCCCAGUUCACUCUGCUCGCCAUAAAUGACGCCUGGCCGAUGAUUGCCACCGUCAUUGUGGUUUAUCUCCUGUGGUGACAGCUGACUCAAGAGUUUUCUUCCCUGCUGCAUCUCAAGACCCACUGAUCUCACCAUUUCUGCAAUUCCCCCGUCAGUGUACGGCACCCCUCUUGCCCCUCUUGCCCCUCUUUCUUCUACUUCUAAGUAUCCUCUGAACCCCCGUGAAGACCUACUGGUGGAGCCAGAAUGGAGGACACUUACAAUAACAGGACUUCCCUGGCUAAGGGGGCCAAGGACAUGGUCAAGGAGGCCAAGCGGCAUGCAACUAAGAAAGUCAACAAGGUGGUGGACCGCGCCACAGAUGAGUACACAUCCCACCACAACUACAGCCGAUUCCAGGAUGAGGGGGACGAAGAUGAGGAUUUCUACCGGAACCCUCCGAGGCCGGACGGAGACAACGAGGAGGGCUCCAGCGAUGCAACAGAAGGCCACGAUGAUGAGGAUGAGAUAUAUGAGGGCGAGUACCAGGGGAUCCCCUCGGCAGGAGAUAGCAAGCAAAAGGAGGGCCAAGUGGCACUGGGGCAACCGAUGUCAGAUGCAACAAGGGACCGUAAGGGACUGGAGCAGGAGAGACAGGCGGACGAGGAGGAGCUGGCCCAACAGUACGAGCUGAUCAUCCAGGAGUGUGGUCAUGGGAGAUUCCAGUGGCAGCUGUUCCUGGUGCUCGGGCUGGCACUCAUGUCCGAUGGGGUGGAGGUGUUCGUGGUGGGCUUUGUGCUGCCCAGCGCAGAGACAGACAUGUGUGUGCCCAACUCCAGCUCGGGAUGGCUAGGCAGUGUUGUUUACUUGGGGAUGAUGGUUGGAGCGUUUUUCUGGGGAGGCAUGUCUGACAAAGUGGGUCGCAGACAGUGCCUCCUUAUUUGCAUGUCCACAAACGGCUUCUUCGCCUUCCUGUCAUCUUUUGUCCAGGGAUACGGCCUCUUCCUCCUUUGCCGUCUCUUUGCAGGCUUCGGGAUAGGAGGUGCUGUGCCCAUUGUUUUCUCCUUCUUUGCAGAGGUGUUGUCCAGGGAGAAAAGAGGAGAACACCUCAGCUGGUUGUGUAUGUUCUGGAUGAUUGGAGAGAUCUAUGCAUCUGCUAUGGCUUGGGCCAUCAUACCACACUAUGGUUGGAGUUUCAGUAUGGGUUCAGCGUACCAGUUUCACAGCUGGAGGGUGUUUGUGGUCGUCUGUGCCCUGCCCUGUGUGUGUGCUGUGGUGGCACUUACCUUCAUGCCCGAAAGUCCCAGGUUCUAUCUUGAGGUGGGGAAGCACGAUGAAGCCUGGAUGAUCCUCAAACAGAUCCACGACACCAACAUGAGAGCGCGUGGGCAACCGGAGAAAGUCUUCACCGUAAACAGGAUCAAGAUACCCAAACAACUGGAUGAACUGGUGGAAAUGGAGUCAGAGUCUGGCAACCGAGUUUCCAAGUUUUUCUUUCGGAUAAAGUCUGAAAUACAUGGGAUCUAUCUGAAUCUCUUGAAGUGCUUCAACUACCCUAUGCGAGAAAACAUGAUACGACUAGCCAUAGUGUGGUUCACGCUGUCGUUCGGGUAUUAUGGCCUGUCAGUCUGGUUCCCUGAUGUCAUCAAACACCUUCAGGCAGAUGACUAUGCAUCCAAAGUUAAGGUACACAACAAUGAACGCAUUGAAGACUUCACCUUCAACUUCACCCUGGAGAACCAGAUACACAAAAACGGCCUCUUCAUCAACGACCGAUUCAUCAAUAUGAAGCUGAGGUCCGUCGCCUUCAUUGACUCUACCUUUCGUAACUGCUACUUUGAUGAUGUCACAUCGGUGGGAUCCGUCUUCCGUAACUGUACUUUUAUUGAUGCUCUCUUCUUUAACACAGAUAUUGAUGAAUCCAAGUUGAUAGAUGGAACAGAGGUGAUCAACAGCACAUUCACCCACAAUAAGAAAGGAUGCCAGAUGACGUUUGAUGAUGACUACAGUGCCUACUGGGUAUACUUCAUCAACUUCCUGGGGACCCUGGCUGUUCUGCCCGGCAACAUUGUUUCCGCCCUUCUCAUGGACAAAAUUGGGCGUCUGUCCAUGUUAGGUGGCUCCAUGGUCCUCUCAGGCAUCAGCUGUUUCUUUUUGUGGUUUGGCACCAGUGAGUCCAUGAUGAUUUUUAUGUUGUGCCUUUACAACGGUCUGAGCAUCUCUGCCUGGAAUUCCCUUGAUGUGGUCACGACUGAGUCAUUCCCUACUGUCAGGAGAGGAACAGGCUUUGGGUUCUGCAACGCUCUGUGUAAGCUGGCUGCAGUCUUGGGAAACCUGUUUUUUGGCUCUCUUGUUGGCAUCACAAAGGUCAUCCCCAUCCUCAUGGCCUCGUCUGUGCUCGUCGGGGGAGGCCUGGUUGCACUGCGGUUGCCUGACACCAGGGCGAAUGUCCUUAUGUAACACCUGGAUAAAACCUGGGUAAAUCUGAGAGGAAGCCCAGGGAGUGUUGAGCAAGGAGUGCAAAUGGCUUGGUUCACACAUAUCUUCAUCACAUUUGCUAAUGUACCUUAGGUAAAGCUGGAUAGCAAUCCACCUUUCUCACAGUGUGUUUUAAUUGUGUCAUACAAAUCCAAAUCAUUAGAUUCCUCGUUAUUCAAUAAUAAGCUCAGCCUUUUUGUGAAUGUACUGUCUGGAGAUCUCACAUGACAGAGCUGAGAGUUUGCACAUGUUUUAGUACUGAGACUUUGGUGGAGUUUUGUUCAGUGACUGGUUGCCUCUUCCAGCUGUAGCCAUAAGUUUGAGUGGAGUCCCUGCAUAGUUAGAGCUCAAGGCUUUUAAUAUUGAUACAGUCUUAUUAAGACAAGCCAGAUGGGGAGGAAAGUGAAAAACAAGCUGUAAUGAGCACAGCCAACCUUCUGUGUGACAACGUAGGGAAUAGAUGAUCAGAUAGAGCGGGCACACGACACAGCUGUAUGACAGCUGGCUUGCCCACAAGACUCACGUACACAGGACAUGUUGUAGACAGUGUGCAGAAAGGCAACAUGGACAUCAACACAUAAAACAAAAAUCACAAAUAGAUAUACUUAAUGUGCAAAUACACGUCUUGAAAUAGACUGGUACUCACAUCUACCUACACUUUUUUUUCUACACUUGCAUCAUACUGGACACACAAAAUGCUGUAUUUUGCUCAACAUGACAUUUGCUUAGACAUCUUCAACCUUUUCAACAUAGAUAAUUCACGUAUGAGGCCAAGCCCUUUGCAUUACCCGACCAAAAAUCAAAAAGGCCAUUUAAAAAAAACUGUAUUUUCUUGUACCAGUAAUUGUAUGGUAUGUUGAAUCUGAGGCUGCUAUGUAUUUUCUGCAUAUUGUUUUGUGUUUUGUGGAAGUUGGAAUGAUGACUUAUUCGUUUUAUCCAAAUGUUGUUACUCCAGGUCUCCAUCCAUGUAUUGUAUUAUUGUGCAAAGGCUCGCUGAUGAGCUCUCCUUCUGAUUUAGCUUUGUGUUGGAUCUCCCUUGUGGCAGUAGCGUUGAUAGUGACAUGUCAUGCUGCUUCCUUUUAAAAUUACUGAAUGGCCUUUUUUAAAUGUGCCUCUCCUUAACUGGAGCAGUCAUGCAGUGGUGUCCAAAGGUCAUAAGAAACAGACAGAAACUGAAUAGGAAGUAAAUAGAUGAAAUAUUCAUGCCCUUUUUGUGUGUGUGUAGAGUAGAGAUGUGAGAUAAUAUGGCCAGUAUCUUAAUAGGUUGGGAAUUCCUUUUUUUUUGUCAAACCACCUGAUAUCUUUUGUCAGAUAUCUCAUUACAUCUUUUACUUUGGUGAGAUAAGCCUCCUCCGACUCAGAAAAAAAUGAGUUCCAAUAGGUAACAAUGAAUCAUAACAACGUUGGAUCAAAUGGUGUAUGUUAGCGAUCGUAACUUCAAAUUAAUAACAAAUAAAUAAUUAAGUAGCACCUCUUUUUGAGGGCUUAUUGGUGACAUUAUGAAAAUAUGCAUGUUUUUUUCAUUUCAAGUUGUGAAACAAAUAGAAAACCGGAUGAUGAAUUUGAGUUUUGUCAUUUGUUGUGACUUACCAACAGUUUUGUCUAAAAUCUCACACUUGAAAACAUGACCUACCUUGUACUAGUUACGUAUCUUGUUACUCAACAUUGGGACCUCAUUGCAUUCUGCUUAACAUAAUAAUCAUAACAUCACUUUGCUCUUUUCAAAGUGCUAAAAUACCUCUAAAAUUGUAACUGAUAUAAUUGAUUUUUGACAUUUUUCAGAUAUAACAGAACAAUUCAGUUGCUCUCAGUCUCAGUUUUUUGUGGCUAACAGCUGGUGUCCUCCUGCUUCUCUGUAUUUGUGGUGUCUGUGAUCGCAGCGUAGAGGUAGUAUGCCCUUGCACUGCAGUUGGCUCUUUCAAGGCUACUUGACAAAAACAACAACAAAAAAAGACUUCCAAAAUGGUACUGUACAUGUGCGUCCAUUUCAGUGUACCCAACAUGUUCUCAGAUUUUGUAAAAUCAGUUGGAAAAACAUUAUGACGUGUGCUGCUAUUGCACAACAGAUACAUUUUGAGCAUAUGAUUUAACAAAAGUAUAACACAUAACA